UCCGUCCCUUCCCGCGCUGAGGCGAAUGGAGGAGGGAGCAUCGUCUCCUCAGUCUCCGGCUGAGGGCGAUGGCAGCCCUGGAGACCCACUUUGCUCGCCCGUGGAGCGCCAGUGGCUGCGGGAGGCGCGGGGCUUCGUCCGCCAGGCGCUCCUCCGCGGCGGGCCGAGUGAAGAACGGGAAGCAAACUCUUCCUCUGCCGCCGCCGCCGCCGCCGCCGCCGCCGCCGCCACUACUACUACUUGGCGGCAUUUGAGCCGCGCCCUGCGCCGGUGUCGAGGCACUCAAGAGCUGCCGCUGGGCUACCGCCUUGUUUCUCUCUUGGAACUUCAGUCCCAGCAACAUCACCCAUGCUGUAGUCAUCUGACCUGGAGUAGUGAGGAAUUUCAAAAAUCGGCUUGUGAAAGCAAAAGCCUCUUUCCUGACCAGAGAAUUUUGCAACGAGCUCACUUAAUACUUGUUGGUUACCUGACAGAAAGGAAGGAGGACAGAUUGACCGAUGGUAGUUUGUAUAUACGAGACAACACUGGCACCCUUCCCUGUGAGCUCCUACAUUUUAAACUUGAGUGGCUGGAAAAUCUUCUGCUGUUCCCCAGUUGGACAUACAUUCCCCCAAAGGGCCAGAACAGAGAUGGAUACUUGGAGAUCCUAGCAGAUCCCAUCCAAGUGAUGCCUGGUCCAGAGAAGAGAAUCGAUAUCCCCCCUGUCCUCGAUCCAGAACAAGCUGCAAAGCUGCUUAGUGCCAGAGCCCAGUGUAAGAAGGUAGCAGAGCUGAACGUGGCAGGUGAGCUGUGCAGGCUCAGCACUGUCCUCUCCAUCCAUCACAAAGUCUUUUUCUUCCUCUUCUUAAAGUGUUCCCACUCCGAAGCUUGUGUCCCCAUCCUGGUGCAGUCUCCCCAGUUGGCUUGGCACCGUGUACUGCAGCUUGGGCAUAGUUAUGUGCUGACUGCUCUGAAAAUAUCUUGCCUCAAAGCUUCUGGAUUAAGAGUGUUCGUUCCCAGCUCUUCCUCACAUCUUUUAACAUAUUGUAUGGAGCAUGUGACAGAGCAGUAUCUGGACAGCACUCCAGAGGGAAGUUCAGUUUUGCCUGCUUCCCCAGUCGUCUGCACGCCGCCCAACAGUUCCUUGGAGGUGGGAGAGAGAGACAAGAUACUGGUUCCAGUUAGGAGGUCCAAGGUGGUCUCUUAUGCAGGUACUAUCACUCAAAUCCUAAAUGUUCAAGCUGGCCUCUAUGAACUGGAUAACAGGUUCACUCUUUGUCUUGCUUACCAGCAGCAGUUAAAUUCUGGCCGUGGGCUCCGACCAGGCGCAUGUGUGGAGCUCAGAGAUGUCCACCUUCUGCAGAAGCCCUUGGCUGCCUUCCCCUUUGUCCUUGGAGCCUGCCUCCGCACUACUCUUGUGCUCAAGAGUUUUUCCAAGUGCAGCAUAUUACACCAGCCAGCAACCUCCUGUGGGAAUCUUUACAUACAGCUGCUCUUGCGUUACAACUUAACCUUGCCACUGUAUUUGUGUCUGGUUAGCUUGUUAGAGAUGUUGGAGAAGAGGUUCUGUUGUUUUGUUCAACGGCAGCAGUUGUUCCUCUGCUCCAGCCAUAGCACUGCAGGGGCAGCUGAGAAAUUUAUUGUUCCUAUUCUGAAUUCUUUGGUGCCAUCCAAGAAGCAAGUCAGAGACAUUCAUUGGGAGAUCCUGGCUGAAAAGCACCACUGUCCCCUAGAGCAGUAUCAGAUUCUGAAUCCUCCGUGCCAGAUUCCACCUUUCUCAUUGCUGUUCACUAUGGCUGAGAAGAGAUGUCUGGAAAGUUUCAGUCCUUUGCAUCAGAUGAGCUCUGCCCCAGAGAUUCAGCACAUAGGUGCCCAAGAACUGAAUCGGAGACUGGCCUGGUCCUACUCUGUGUUAUCUGCUGAGAGCUUUCAGCCCCCGAUAAUGCUGCUUGGAAUACUGAGAGCUUCCUCCCGUAGUGGCUUCCUCCAGUUACGAGACAGCACUAAAGCACUUUCUUGUAUAAUAUUCCACAGGGAUGGAAGGCCUUUUGCGGACGUCUCUCUGCUAGGGUAUCUUCUGCAGAUAGAGAGGUUUCAGCUUGUAAUGGAGCAGUUUCUUCAAAGUGAUUUUCCUUCCUGGCAGGAGCUGAAGACACAAGAGUAUAUAAAGGAGAAGAAAUCGAGACUUUAUGCGCAGUUCUUUGUUGAGGACGUGAAGAUUCUUCAUUCUGAAAAAAGAGCCCCCGAGGUUCCCAAAGCCCGUGAAGAGUCCUGUUCUGUGGUGAAGGACAAUGGGAGCUCCACAGCUGAGCCAAGAUCCCCAGAAGGGAAUCUAACAAACAUAGAAAGGGCAGAAGCAGCAUCAAACACGCCCGAACCUCCCAAGAGCAGUGCUGCGGAUGGCAGGUGUGUGUGCCGUCUCUUUCUAGCGACUCAGAAAGAAGGGCUCAUGUGGCGCAACUAUCCACAGGCCUCAGAAGGCAGAAGCAAAGGAGGUCAAGAGCCCCAACUCUGUUUUCAAGUCACUGUGUUAUGGAUGGAUAAACCUGAACAAUGCAAGAAUGUGGGAGAAGCCAUGGUCCAGAAGGAGCUCAGUGCCUUUGCUCUUGGAGAAGCCAGCAAAGCCCAGCCAGAAAUAUUGCUGCUUUUCCUGGGGAAAUCACUCAGAUGGUUCCCCUUCCUGCAUCCAGGAGGCCUGUACCAGCUUAUCAUCCCCCAGUGCUCGGAGCUAGAUGUUUUUGACAAAUUGUGCCUCCCAAUGGGAUCAGGAAACCUCUCAAUGAUGAAGAGCCAGUCCUUAUUUCUACCUGUCCCAGAUGCUGGCUACCUGCACUAUGUGAGCUGGAUUUCCCAGCUGGUUUCAGAGGCCUCAGAGAUGGAAGAGAAAUUAUUUUCCAUUACAGAGAUACUCAGUCCUAGUUUCACACGAUCCCUGGUCUCUUUCUCUGGAGUAAUAGCGGAGAGGACUUUAUGUGAAUCUCUAACUGGAAAGAAGCCUGUUGCAGCUUGCUCUGCCAAGCAGCUGAAGGGAAAUCGCUUGCCCUGGGAUUACAGUGUGAAGCUGAGCAUAUUGCCUGCCUGUGGUUCCUCCGCUGGGCUAGAUGUGUAUGUUGAAGCCACUUUCCUGCCAUAUCUUUCGGGUAUGCUCCCUGGAGCCAAGAUCCUCUUCCACAACAUGCAGCGCAAAAUUUCCAGGCUCAAAAAUGUAUAUUGCACCUACAUGGCCUCCAGCUGCCUAAGGGUUCUGAGUCCCCCACCUCCUGACUCUUCUUCCAGACCUUUUGAUGGCACUUCUAACCUCUCAGCAGUGUACCUGUCUCAUAUACUGCUUCAGCCUCACAGUCUGUGCCAGGUGCAGGUCACCUGCCACUUGACCUGUGUCCUGACUUUGUCCCUGCGCUGGUCCUGCUCUCUCUGCGACAGCAUCCUCAAAGAGGGAACAUGCAUCCAACUUAACCCACCUUGUCUGUCACAUACUGGAGUGAUUAAAGCUAGUGCCAGGAUUCUAGUUGAAGAUGGGACAGGUGAAGCUGUUGUGCUGUGCAGGAACCACCAGGUGCGUGACGUGCUGUGUCUGAGUCCCAAGGACUGGGAUGUUGUGCAGAAGCACGUUUGGAGGAAGGGCUGUGUCAGCAUUCAGCAUAAUGAUGGCAGCAUCGGGCCCAGGUGCAUGGAACCGCCUGAUGAUUUGCUGACAUUAUACUUGAGAAGCUUGUGCAGAAGCCCCAUUGUUUGUCGGUCCCUCGUGUUGGCUGCCAGACUGGAUAGAAAGCCCCCAGAGGCAGGUCCAAGGCAGAUUAGGAGGUUUUUCUCUCAUGAAACAGAGUUCUUAAGCCAGAUGAGGAAUCAGCUGAACUUGAUUUGUCUGAGCAUCCAGACGGCCACCUGAGCAGUGGGAGAAGAGGAAAAAAAGCACUUUACUUUGCAUCAGGGAACCAGCAUCUCAUCUCUUGACCUGCUUCCAAGUAGGAAAAAGGAAAUUUCCAUUGCUUCUGUGCAUCUUAAUAGAAAAAUUCACAGUGGGAAACUCAAUUGCUGUGGACUUUGUAUUGAGAGCAGAGUGCCAUGGAGUCCAAAGAGAGGACCCGUCCACUUAGUUCCCGUAAAGAUGGUUGUGUUUGGGUUGUACCACACAGGAAUGCAGGUGGAGACUUACAUGAUCAUGUUCUUCCAAGCAACCAACCUCCAAUCACAUUGAAGAUUAAUACGGUGGGGAGAAGGCAAGGCUGACACACUUCUUUCUGACAUCUUUUUCCAAGUUUCAGUAGAGAAGUUCCUGCCUGCAGGUUAAAGUGGUACAAUCCAGGAAGAAUAAAGCCUCUCUUUUGUACUCAGGUAUGUGACUGAUGCAUUUAGAGAACAAAUAAACUCAUUCCACCACCUAUCUGU